CAAAGUCCGCCCCCUCUAGUGUUUACUUUCUCCUUCUCAGUCUCGAGAGGCCUGAUUUCAUUUCUUCCUUUCUCGACAAUAACGCGUGCUUUCCUGCCUUCCUUUGAGAUCAAUUGUUUGCUUAAGCGACGAACGACUGCAAGGAGGAUAUUAACGAAUAUCUUUUUGGAUCUUGAGCAAAUUAAUCGCUCAUAGCGCUGAACUGUGUGAGCCUCGGCAAGGCUUUGAACAAACGGCUGCUGCAAAUUCUGCUGUCUCCAGAAAUUCAACUACGAGUACAGCGACUCCGGCAAAGCCACAGUUUCUGUUUCUCACAAUAACGCAAACUUCCAGAGAAACACCAUGCAGAAUCCUAACGGAAAUCAUCAUGCUCCUGGACAAUCUGCCCAACCACCAGCCCUGUACCUCGAGCCUUCAAUUAGUACUACUACAGUGGUUACAACCACAACGACCACUACUACUUAUGCACCCAUUCCACUUCCCGCUCUCCCUCCAAUCACUGCGCCACCUCCAAAAGACGGGAAAGAAUACCCCUUAUACAAUGCUCAGCUACCGCAUAGCGCGAGAGAGUUCAAUAUAGUCUUUCCCGGCGGAAAGAAGGCUUUGUUUCGAGAUCAGAGCGAGGGGAUCGAAGCAGAAGGAAGCGGAACGAACAAUGCAAUGGGAUCGUCAAGUUUGGGUGAAGGGGAACUGACUUCAGGAAAAGGAUGGCGGAUGUUACCUCGUGAAGAUUCGCAUUCAAACUCUUCUCAGUCCCCACCGAACGUGAUUCCGGUGGUAGGACUCAACGAAGCUUUGGAAGGCUAUAGCACCAAGAAGCGUGACCGUGGUCAUGAAUUCGAGUUUGAGUCGAUUGCGAUGGAAGAUACACCAGCGAGAAAGAAAGCACGAGCACCACCAUCACCAUUACCAUCGCCGCAUGGAUCACCACCUCCAGAUGCAAAAUCAUCCGUUGGUUGGCAUUCGGAUCCUCAGACCCAAAUCGUUCAAGCGCCAACACCCCCGACGCCGUUCGAACCUGAUCUGAGCAUGACUACACUUCUCGCUCUCCCAUCCCUCCUUAAUCAUUUUACCUCCCUUCCAGAAUCUCUGCAAUCUCAUGUUCUCUUGAUGCUGCUUCGGCACUCCCCUCUCCCUGUAUUGCGUACCCUUCAUAGUGUUCUGCAUCCUACCCUCGCACGCGACUUCCUUACGUUACUUCCUCCGGAGCUAGUUUCUCACAUCCUCGGAUUCUUUACGUUAUCAGCUCUUGGUAGAGCUUGUAGAGUCUGCAAAUCCUGGAGGGGCAGAAUCGAAGGAGACAAGGUCCUUUGGCGAGAUCUUCUCAUGCGAACAGGCUUAUGGUUUGGCGGCGAGACUGAGGCCAAUUUUGUCAAGAUGCUGAUGAAAAAGCGGCGGAAUGCCAUUGAUUCAGAAAAUACGCUCCCGCUUGCACAUCCAUACAAGAUUCUAUUCAAAUCGCGAUACCUCACUUACACACGGUGGAUAAACAAUCCGUCACCCAAACACAUUUCAUUCCAUGCACACGGUCAUAGUGUCGUCACUUGUCUUCUGUUCUCACAAAAUCGUAUCAUCAGUGCUUCUGACGACCAUUCCAUCCAUGUUUACUCUCCAACCACAGGUCGCUUAUUACUGAGCUUGGAUGGACACGAAGGAGGUGUAUGGGCAUUAGCCGCAUACGGAAAUCUUCUGGUUUCUGGGAGUACUGAUCGGACAGUCCGGAUAUGGGAUCUGCAAGAAGGACGGUGCUUACAUGUCUUUGGUGGGCAUACGAGCACUGUUCGAUGCUUGGCUAUCGUCAAACCGGAAUGGAUCACUCAUCCAGACACAGGAGAGAGAGAAAAAUGGCCAAAACGUACUGUCGUUGUGACUGGUAGUAGGGAUCAUACACUGAGAGUUUGGAGGUUGCCCAAACGCGGUGAGAGGGAGUUCGACUCGCGUUUACCACCGUCCCCCUCUGGGCAUGCCUUACAAGCCAAUCCACCCCUACCACCUUCAUCACCGGAUAUUUCAGACCCGCCUGAUCCAUCGUUGAAUCCAUACCAUAUGCAUCUUCUAUCCGGACAUACCCAUGCUGUUCGCGCGCUCGCGGCUCGAGGAAGGACACUCGUAUCCGGAUCGUACGACUGUACCGUUCGCGUAUGGGAUAUCCCUACUGGUCGAUUGGUACAUACUCUCAGCGGACACACGCAAAAAGUGUACUCCGUAGUCCUUGACUCCCGAGAUGGGACCUGGGGCUCAGAAGGUUGGGGAUAUGGCAGUGCCGCUUCAGGUCGAGGAUCAGAUGGACGGGCAGCCUCAGGUUCGAUGGACGGUACUGUUCGUUUGUGGUCCAUCACAACUGGAGAGUGCCUGCAUGUUCUAUCCGGGCAUACAAGCCUUGUCGGCCUCCUGGGCCUCUCGCCUUCGUUCUUGGUGUCAGCUGCGGCCGACAGCACACUGCGUGUAUGGGAUGCCCGUCUUCCAUCAAACGAUGGCUCCUACAACCGGACUUCUCUCGGCCCAAGUCCCAGUUCAAACUCCGCCGAUCUACUCAGAGGCGUGAUGACUGGCCAUACAGGUGCUAUAACGUGUUUCCAGCAUGACGAAUGGAAAGUCGUUAGUGGAAGCGACGGUACGUUGAAGGUCUGGGACUUGCGGGACCUCAACUUUGCCAAUACAUCUUCUUCUACUUUGAAUGUGGCUGGCGGUACAGGAACCGGUGGAUGGGGCAUACCUGGAGCUGGGUGGGGCGCUGCUGGGUUCGGCGCAAUUCCGGGUGCUGCAAUUGGCUUUGGCGGGGCUGCUGCCCCGGGACCUGCGGCUGUCGGCGGUGCUGGUGCUCCUGGGGGCGGAGCAGUCCCUGUCGUGCGGGACCUUCUCACAGGCAUUACUGGGGUCUGGCAAGUUGCAUUUGAGGGUCGUUGGUGUGUCAGCGCGAGUAACAGAAACGAUGUGACGGUCCUAGAUGUGUGGGACUUCAGCAAGACCGAAAUCGCUACUGGUGAUCCUUUGUCCAACACUACUGGGAGUGGUAUAAUUGAGGUUAACGAAGAACAAGAAGAACGGGAGAGGGAGUCCAAAGAGGGAAACGUUUGGACAUGGGAGGAUGAAGAGUGGGUCGGUGAACCACCCGGUGCGAUCUACGAUUAUGAAGACUCGGAUGUCGAAGAUUCAGAUGUCGAAGGAGAUGCAGGUAUCGUUGGGAGGUAUCAAGAUGGCGAUAUCGAGCUCAUUUCUGUACAUGAAGAAAGAGAUGACGAUGACGAUGAUAUAGUCUAUACGGGUAGACGACCUCCUUCGUCAGGGCGACAAGAAUCCAUCCAUCCCCCUUACCAUGUCUAUCGGCCGCCCUCGAAAGUCUUCGCAAGUUCAAGUUUGAUUAAUGCCGAGACCCAAACCGCCCCGCGUACACGAAGGACGACUCGAGCCAUGAGUGAAGUCUCGCGAACUUCCGAACAUAGCACGCGGAGUCGAGGGAGCAAUAGCAGAAUGGACGUAGACGUCGAGAUCGAUGUAGAUGUCGAGUUAAUGCCUGAAGUUCCAGAAGAACCACUUCACGAACAAGAGGCAGAUAUAGAAGGUGAUGGAGAAUAUAGGAAUCUCGCUGAUGGGCUAGAAGGUGACGAUAGAGACGCAGAAAUGGUUGAGGACAUGAUGGAAAUCGAUCGAGACUUUACAGAGUCAAAACGAUCUUCCCAAAUUCACUCAGCAGCGCGUCAUCGUAUAGCUUCUAGACGUCUCGAAGAAGAAGAUAUCAAUUCUCUACCAGAAGCAUCUACUUCACGACAUCGGCAUGGCCCUGCACGUUCAAAACGAGCUUUUACUCCUUCGGCACCAAGUCGACAAGUGUCUGGGUCCUCCACGAAAGCCUUCGCGGGAUCAUAUGUUGGGAGACGAGGUCAUGGCCCGUCGACUUCUGCAAACCGUGCUGCCGAACUGGGCGAAGGAGAACUGACCUCCUCUGGUUCGAACUCCGCUGCUGAUACACCAGGUGACGACGGAGAAGUGAGGAUGAGCUCCCCAGGUGUUGCAUCUGCGAAUACGAAAGGCAAUUCUAGACGAAGAUGGUUGUGAUGACGCUCUAGUUUGCUGAUUCAAUACGACUGUCUACUGUGUCGUCUCCCUCAACAAUCUUGACUAUGUAUAACUGUCCUUGUAAUCAAAGCGGACCAUUAACGAUCUUAUCAUUUGACUGUCGCCCCGACAAUAAACGAUUAUUAUAUCUCUUCUUCCGUGCGGAUCUGAUAUCCUGUUCGUUCUUCGUUUCCUCCUCAUAAUCUACAUACCUGUGUUCUUUUGUGUUUUCUUCUCCUGUAUCGGUAUCAACUUGUUUUCUUACUUACAGCCUUAUUGACACCUAUGCUCAUUUUCAUUCGGCCUGACUCUAAAGAAGCACUACAACCAACAACCAGGCAUAUUACACACAACUCAUUUUUUAUACUUACCUUUAUUCACAUUGGAAUGUCUUGAAGUUUCGAGUGCAAACUGCCUUAUGAAAUU